AUGGAGAAGCCAGUGGAACCUUAUUAUGACGUAUUCUUGAGCUUUAGGGGAUCGGAUACUCGCCACGACAUCACUGAUAUCCUUUACAACAACCUUAUUGAUGUUGGAAUACGGGCAUAUAGAGAUGAUGAAGAGCUUCGCGUUGGGGAAGAGAUUGGGCUGGAGCUUCUCCAAGCGAUUAAGCAAUCUAAAAUCUCGAUUCCUAUCUUUUCUAAAAGAUAUGCUGCCAGUAAAUGGUGCCUCAUGGAGUUGGUCCAGAUGGUGGAGUGCAAGGAAAAGUGGGGACAAAAGAUCAUGCCAAUUUUCUAUGACGUUGCACCAUCCGAGGUUCGUAACCAAACUGCAACUUACGGUGAAGCCAUUUGGUCACACAUAAAUACGCAGCGGUACACCGAUGAGACUAUUCGAAACUGGAAGGCAGCUCUUAACAAGGUUGGAGCGUUAAAGGGAUGGGAACUCAAGGAGAGAGGCAAAGGCGAGUUCACGAACGAAGUUGUUCAGAAGGUUUUGAUCAAAUUGAAAAAGAACUGCUUGGCAGUACCUGAUUUCUUGGUUGAAAUGGAUGAUCACGUGGACAAAAUCAUGGAAUUAAUAGGUGAGCAGACCACUCAAACAAAGAUUGUUGGUAUCCAUGGUAUGGGUGGUGUGGGAAAGACAACUCUUGCAAAAAUUGUCUAUAACAAACUGUUGUCUGAUUCCACUAAACAUUACAACCGGUCUAAUUCCUGGGAGCAAAUGGACGAUCAAGUAGACAGAAUCAUGGAGGUGAUAGGUGAACGGACCACUGAUUCCACUAAAUGUUGCUACCUGUCCAACGUUGGAGAUAGGAAAAUUGAAAAUUUGCAGAAUCAACUCCUCUCGUGUCCUAGGAAAGAAACGGCCGACCAUCAAUGA